GAUCACCUCCUCCUCCUCCCGGUUUGCGGUUUGACGGCGGAGUAGUGGCUUUAUCUCAGUUUCCGGUAGAAGAUUUCAAGACGUUAAGGUUACCGAGAGCGUUGACUGUACCUGACCGGAUAACGACUCAUAUUUCAGUCUGAGAAACCCGGGGUUCAGUUUACUGCGGAUUUCCUGCAACUCCUUCGUGAAACAGAAUGGCAGAUCAGCUGACUGAGGAACAGAUUGCAGAGUUCAAGGAGGCGUUUUCCCUCUUCGACAAAGAUGGCGAUGGCACUAUCACCACCAAGGAGCUGGGAACUGUGAUGCGUUCGCUUGGCCAAAACCCCACAGAGGCUGAGCUGCAGGACAUGAUCAAUGAGGUCGAUGCUGAUGGCAACGGUACAAUAGACUUUCCAGAGUUUCUGACCAUGAUGGCCAGGAAGAUGAAAGACACAGACAGUGAAGAGGAGAUCCGAGAAGCCUUCAGAGUCUUUGACAAGGACGGAAACGGCUACAUCAGUGCAGCUGAACUGCGUCAUGUCAUGACUAACCUCGGUGAGAAGCUGACAGACGAGGAAGUUGAUGAGAUGAUUCGAGAGGCCGACAUUGAUGGUGAUGGGCAGGUGAAUUAUGAAGAGUUUGUGCAAAUGAUGACUGCAAAGUGAAAGAUGUUUUCCAUUCUGUCUCUCUUUUACAUUGCUUGUCCUAAUAAGAUCACUCUGUCUUUAGAAAAUAAAUGAUCAGAAGUUUGCUUCAGUGAAAAAUUAAGAAUUUCAAAUUUCGCAAGACACCAACCGAAACAGAACUAAAGUGUAAUUUGUUGAGAAAAAUUGCAGAGUAGUCCCAGCAGAUGUGAAUGGACCGAGCAUAACUGCAUGAGCCAUUUCGGAGCAGACGUCUUUAUACCUGCCACAAUUUGAAGACAGUGGCGCUCUAAGUCAAAAAUGAAAUGGCAUACAUUUGUAGGGUGUGGUGAACAUUUUCUCUUCAAAAAUGAAUAAAAUAACCGAAUUAAAUGGUCAAAAUGCUGCAUUCAAUUAGAGAACAAUUGCAUGUGCCCUUUGUGGCGAAGUCAUGCUUCAACUCUAACUCUGCUGCUCUGUUCCAGUCUCAAAAUUGAAAGGUAGCACAACUGGAUGUUUAUACACGGAUACUGUAUUAUACAUCAUAAUGUGUACUUAAACAUAUUCAAAUUACGCAUCACUGAAGUUUGAUGGCUACUGAGCUGAAGUUUCAUGUUGGCCAGCAGAUAGAUUUGACAGGUUUGUCUUUAUUGAAAUGUGUGUAUGUGUGUGCGUGUUUGUGUGCGUGUGCAUGUGUGUGUGUGUGCGUGUGUGUGCUGGCUAAAAACGUUACACAGGCACUGAUGUAUAAAGUACAUGGGCUGAAGAACUGAAUCUGGGUUGACUGAUGUAACUUGUGUGACUGCUGAAAAUGUGGAGAAUAGUCAUCAAUGCUAUUUAACAGUGUUAAGCUUUUUAAAUGUAUCGUUUUCUACCGUGCUUGUCUGGUGAAUUUUGCAUCGCCUGUUGUUGUAAUAGCAUGAUGAUCUGUGUGUUUGUUUGAAUCAUUUUCAGUUUUGAGAUGUGCCAUAUACUCUUAAGCCACAGUCUUCUCUCUAAACAACUCUUAGUCACUUAGGACAUAUAUAAAACUGAUGAAUACGUACACGCCCUCUUAUAUUUGCAUUUUGGUGUUUAAAAAAAAAAAGAGGUAUGUUCAUUUACAGAUGGAGAUGUUGCCACUCCUUUAACUAGUCGUUUGUCGCUUGCUUCCGUGGGUUCGUCAGAGCUUCUUGUUCAGUCUCUAAAUCUCAUCUGCGCUUUGCUUGCAGUAUGACUGAAGGGAAGAAAAAAAAAAAAACAACAACCAGGGUCCAUUAGAGCUGGACAAAGGUGAUUUAGUUUCACUUAUACUAAGUAAUGUUGGGUUUUGGGGGUCAUUAAUAUUCCAGUGAUCUUACUGUGGGCGAUGCAGAAUUCCACUGCUCUACUCAGAGUGGUGUUUUUAAUGGUUUUUGGUCAGAUGUACAAAUGAAAGAGGAUCAAGGAUUUAACAUGUGAAAAGUGUAUGAAUAAUAUGCACUAUAUAUAUAAUAUAAAUAUAUAUAAUAUAAAUAUAAAUGUUUUCCAAUAAAAAUAAAUGUAUACUUUAUGCUUGCA